GGCCGGUGCCUUGGAAACGUGGCGCGCGUGCUCGCGGCAGGAGCUGCGGUGCAGGGGCGGGGCCUCGCGGCGUGGGAAGGGGCUGCUCUGGGAUCAAGAUGCUAUACGCCUGGAGGCUGGGGGGGCUCGGACUCCGGGCAGCGGCUCUAUGGCCGGGGCGAGCGGGCCUGGGCGGCGUCGGACCCGGGAUCCGGGCCCGAGAGGUCAGCACCAGCUGGUCCCCGGUGGGCGCCGCCUUCAAUGUCAAGCCCCAGGGUCGCCGUCUGGACCUGUUCGGCGAGCGCCGGGGUCUUUUUGGAGUUCCUGAGUUCAGCGCCCCAGAAGGAUUUCGGAUCGCACAAGAAAACGCCCUGAGAAAGGCGGACUUGCUCGUGGAGCGUGUGUGUUCCAUGCCACCUGGGCCCCAGACUGUGCUCAUUUUCGAUGAGCUUUCGGAUUCCUUGUGCAGGGUGGCCGACUUGGCCGAUUUUGUGAAAAUUGCUCACCCUGAGCGUGCAUUCAGAGAGGCGGCGGAAGAAGCUUGUAGAAGUAUUGGCACCAUGGUAGAAAAGUAUGUUCUGCUCCCCUUCGUUAACAAUCUCGGUUAUAGGCGAGUGGCUGAACUGUUUAUGUUUGAUUUUGAAAUCAGCGGAAUCCAUCUAGACAAAGAAAAGCGUAAAAGAGCAGUGGACCUGAAUGUGAAAAUCUUGGACUUGAGUAAUAUAUUUCUUAUGGGAACUAACUUUCCCAACAAGAUUGAGAAGCAUCUCUUACCAGAACACAUUCACCCUAACUUUGUAGUAACUGGAAAUCAUGUCAUAAUUGAUGGUCUACAUGCAGAAGCUCCAGACGACUUGGUUCGAGAAGCUGCUUAUAAAAUUUUUCUUUAUCCCAAUGCGGGUCAGUUGAAAUGUUUGGAAGAAUUGCUCAGCAACAGAGACCUUCUGGCAAAGUUAGUGGGGUACUCCACAUACUCCCACAGAGCCCUCCAAGGCACAAUAGCCAAAAAUCCAGAGACUGUCAUGCAGUUCCUUGAGAAACUAUCAGACAAACUUUCUGAAAGAACUAUAAAAGACUUUGAAAUGAUACGAGGGAUGAAAAUGAAACUAAAUCCUCAAAAUUCUGAAUUAAUGCCUUGGGAUCCCCCCUACUACAGUGGUGUGAUUCGUGCAGAAAGCUCCUCAGCUUUAACCCAGAGAAUUAAGAUUGAUUUAGUUUCUGAAGAGAACACAGAUAUAAUUCUUAUUCUUGCUCCUCUACAGGCUGUUGUUCAUGAAUCUGAAGGAUUAUUGGGGUAUAUUUACUGUGAUUUCUUCCAGCGAGCAGACAAACCACAUCAGGAUUGUCAUUUUACAAUCCGUGGAGGCAGGUUAAAAGAAGAUGGAGACUAUCAGCUCCCAGUUGUAGUUCUUAUGCUGAAUCUUCCCCAUUCCUCAAGGAAUUCACCAACUUUAUUAACUCCUGGAAUGAUGGAAAAUCUCUUCCAUGAAAUGGGACAUGCCAUGCAUUCUAUGCUGGGACGUACUCGUUACCAACACGUCACUGGGACCAGGUGCCCUACUGACUUUGCUGAGGUUCCGUCUGUUCUGAUGGAGUACUUUGCAAAUGACUAUCGAGUGGUUACCCAGUUUGCCAGACAUUAUCAGACCGGGCAGUCGCUGCCCAAAAAUAUGGUGUCUCGGCUUUGUGAAUCGAAAAAGGUGUGUGCUGCAGCUGAUAUGCAACUUCAGGUCUUUUAUGCCACUCUGGAUCAGAUCUACCAUGGGAAGCACCCCUUGAGGACAUCAACUACAGACAUUCUCAGGGAAACACAGGAGAAAUUUUAUGGCUUGCCAUACGUUCCAAAUACUGCCUGGCAGCUUCGAUUCAGUCACCUUGUGGGCUAUGGUGCCAAGUAUUACUCUUACCUGAUGUCCAGGGCAGUAGCUUCCAUGGUUUGGAAGGAGUGUUUUCAACAAGACCCUUUUAACAGGGUGGCAGGGGAGCGCUAUCGCAGGGAGAUGCUAGCUCACGGCGGGGGCAAGGAGCCCAUGCUCAUGGUGCAAGGUAUGCUUCAGAAGUGUCCUUCUAUCGAUGACUUUGUAAAUGCCCUUGUUUCCGACUUGGAUCCGGACUUUGAAACUUUCCUCAUGGAUUCUGAAUGAUGGAAGCACCUUGGCUCUUUUAAAUCAAGGCCAUGUAGAUAUGAACUAUGUUGUAAAUACUACAGCUGUGAACACUCGUUUCUGAUUUCAUUAUUCACUUCUGUAAUAACUUCUGAAAACCCUUAAACUGAUGGAACUUGGAAUAAAUAAUUUGUUUUAAUUA